GGAACCAUCAGUGAUGUGAUGAGCUCACCCAAAUACCCGCCCAGAGCACGGAGAAAACAAGGAAACUGAAAGGAGCUCGGUCACCAGAAGAAGACUCAGGGCAAGAAUGGCCAGCUAGGGGACCUGGAGCGUGCAUCACCCUGCUGGAUGUGGACAGAGCUCCUGACAGGCAGCUAUGGCGAAACACGCGUUUGACAUGACUGACCCUAUGCUAGAUGCCUACUUCACACCAAACCCUGCCUAUGGAUAUGACGAACAAAUCAUGCCUCCACAUAGGAAUGUUGAUGGACCAUAUCUUGAAGUUGUAGAGCAACCUAAACAGAGAGGUUUCCGCUUUCGAUACGUGUGUGAAGGACCUUCACAUGGUGGCCUUCCUGGAGCUUCUAGUGAGAAAAACAAGAAAUCCUAUCCUCAAAUUAAGAUAAACAACUACGUUGGGCAAGCUAAAAUCAUUGUGCAGCUGGUGACCAAUGGCAAAGAUGUCCGCCUACAUGCCCACAGCUUAGUGGGAAAGCACUGUGAAGAUGGAGUCUGUUCUAUAAGCGUGGGACCCAAAGACAAUGUUGUUGGGUUCCCCAAUUUAGGAAUUCUUCAUGUAACAAAGAAAAAAGUGAUUGAGAUACUGGAGGCGCGCAUGUUGGAUGCCUUUAAGAAGGGUUAUAAUGCUGGUCUCUUGGUGCACCCUGAGUUAAAUUAUCCAUGUUUACCGGACAGGCCGUUGACAGAACGGGAAAAAGAGCUGAUUCGACAAGCAGCAUUUCAGCAGUCAAAAGACAUUGAUCUUAGCGUGGUACGACUGAUGUUCACGGCUUUCUUGCCAGAUAGCAAUGGGGGUUUCACUAGACGACUGGAACCUGCUCUAUCCGUUCCCAUAUUUGACAGUAAAGCACCUAAUGCAUCUAAUUUAAAAAUUGUCCGAAUGGAUAGAACCUCUGGCUGCGUUACAGGAGGAGAAGAGGUUUAUCUUCUGUGUGAUAAAGUACAAAAAGAUGAUAUCCAAAUACGUUUUUAUGAAGAGGAUGAAAAUGGACAUAUCUGGGAAGGAUUUGGUGAUUUUUCACCUACAGAUGUUCACAGACAGUUUGCCAUUGUAUUUAAAACUCCUAAGUACAAGGAUGUCAACAUUAUAAGGCCGGCCUCUGUAUUUGUACAGCUUCGGAGAAAAUCAGAUUAUGAAACUAGUGAACCCAAACCAUUUUUGUAUUAUCCAGAAAUAAAAGACAAAGAAGAAGUUCAACGAAAGCGCUUAAAACUCAUGCCAAACUUCUCUGAUGGCUUUGGUGGAAGCGGGGCAGGAGGUGGAGGAGGAGGGGGUGGCGGUAGCAUAUAUGGAAGUGGAGCUGGUGGUUCAGGCACAGGAGGAGGUUACAGCUACCCCGCGUUCAACUAUACGAAUAGUUAUGGAGGACUGAAUUUUCAUGGAAGCACAAUGAAUUCCAACACAGUCUCGCAGUCCCAUUGUGGUGAAGACCAGGAAGGAGAUGAGUCUGUGCUGUCCCAGUGUAGAGAGAGCAAAACUAGCUGCGAGCGUCUGGAGGCGUCACUCACACACAGUGACUCACAAACAGAUCCUGGAAGGAAGGAAGUAGAGGCCUGCAAAGUACCUGGUUGUGAAUUAUUAGAAAAGACUGUGCAACUUGCAAAGCGACAUGCUGCUUCCUUGUUUGACUUCGCAGUAACAGGAGAUGUGAGAACGCUGCUGGCCGUGCAGCGCCAUCUAGCGUCAGUUCAAGAUGAGAACGGAGACAAUAUUCUUCAUCUGUCUGUUAUUCAUCUUCAAUCUGCACUUGUUAAGAUGUUCCUAGAGAUAACUUCAGAAAUUAUAUGUGAGGAUAUUAUCAAUGUGCAAAAUGAUCUGUAUCAGACACCAUUACAUUUGGCUGUUAUUACUCAUCAAGCUGACAUUGUUCAAGAGAUCCUGAAAGCAGGAGGAGACCCAUUAAUGUUAGACCGCAAUGGAAAUUCUGUUCUGCAUCUUUCAUGCAGAGGAGGUGACGCAGCAACCUUAAGCAUUCUCCUUAAUCAUCCCAAGAUAACUAAGAUCAUCAAUCUUCCAAACAAUGAGGGAUUGAAUGCAAUUCAUGAAGCAGUUAUCGCAAAUAGCAUGCCCUGUCUUAGACUAAUGAUAUCAGCAAAGGCAGAUGUGAAUGCACAGGAACAGAAGUCCGGGAGAAGCCCCCUCCACCUGGCCGUGGAUCAAGACAACAUCUCCCUGGCAGGCUGUCUUCUUCUUGAGGGAGAUGCUUGUGUCGACAGUACAACCUACGAUGGAAAUACCCCUCUCCACAUAGCAGCUGGUAAAGGCUCCACAAAACUGACUGCACUCCUGAAAGCAGCAGGUGCUGAUUGCUUCAUUGAAAAUUUUGAACCCCUCUACAUACCUGGGAACACAGAGGAUGACAGUGAUGUAGAUGAAGGAAUUGUCCCCGGUACAAAACCACUAGACAUGGCCAUCAGUGAUGAGGUCCUUGAAAUAUUGAACGGUAAACCAUACAUGUCACCAGUAUCUUCCGAGGACACCAAUUUACAAGGAGACAUGAACAUCCUCAGCGAAGACUCAAAGCAGAAGCUUUACUCAUUGUUACAAAGUGAAGAUGCAGACAAGAACUGGUCCACGCUGGCACAACACCUUGGCUUGGGAAUUUUAAAUAAUGCUUUUAGGUUAAGCCCUUCACCUUCCAAAACAUUACUGGACAAUUUUGAGGUUUCGGGAGGAACAGUAGCAGAACUACUUACAGCCUUGAAAACAAUGUCAUUCACAGAAGCUAUCGAUGUCAUUGAGCAGUCACAGCCAAGCAUUAAACAUACACCCAAAGCUUCUGAUUAUCUUUCUGAGACACAGGAAAGAGAUUCUGUGACCGCAGCAUCUGAUGAAUACAAGCAGCAGAACCAUGAAAGCAUGUGUGACAGCGGGGUAGAAACCUCCUUUAGAAAGCUGAACCUCUCGCAUUGUGAAUUUCAGAAAGUAGGGUCUGGACUCUCAGAGCUACAUUCUGACUGUGAUGUUCCUCUCAUCUGCAACAAUUAGUGCUCAGUAAGAAAGGACUGUGCUUCC